UCUCCCCGGUUUCAGCCCCCUUUCCCCAGGGCUGCGGUGUCAGGAGGACACGCUGGUGUCCCCGGCGGGCAGCCUUCCCAGCCGCUGUGGAUGGGGGGGAGCCGCGGGCGGGACGCGGUGGGAUCCGGUGCUGCCGGGAGGCAUUUUAUGGAGACACUCCUUCAUGCCACAUGCUGUCUGUGAGCACUAGCAUCACAGCUCUCUGCAGUGCCAUCUGAGACCAGACCAGCUGGACACAGCCAUGGGGGACUCUCCAGCAAAUGCCAUGGAUGGAGCCAUAGAUGUGUGCUGCAAAGACACACAGACUGAACUGGCAGAGAGGGUGGCAGCCAUAGAUGUGGCUGUUGGCACAAACAGGAGAGACCAAAAUGGUGAAGGCAGCACUGAAGCAAGUGACACAGUCUUUUCUGAUAAUGUAAAAGACAUCCAAAGAAAUGGAGUGAAGAGUGAUGUGGGAAUGAAUGAAUUUCUGUCUUCCCAACAGUCAGAAGAUGCUCACAGGAGGCAUGUUCCCAAGAGACCUCUCACUAGACCUGUCCUGUCAAGUAGGAAGUUGUCUCUUCAGGAAAGAUCGUCAGGAGCUUAUUUGGCUUCUAGCAACACUCCAGGGUAUGGUCAUUAUGCCACAGGACCAUCACCACGAAUCAUGAGGAGACCAACGAUAGAGUCCAACCGUGUCUCCAUAUCAGAUUCUGAGGACUGUGUGCAAUUAAACCAGUACAAGCUGCAGAGUGAAAUAGGCAAGGGUUCCUAUGGUGUUGUGAAACUGGCCUACAAUGAGAACGAUGACCAGUACUAUGCUAUGAAAGUCCUCUCCAAAAAGAAGCUCUUGAAACAGUAUGGAUUUCCACGUCGGCCACCUCCCAGAGGGUCAAAAGCCUCCUCCUCUGGAGACCAGCCAAAACCCAUGGCACCACUGGAAAGAGUCUAUCAGGAAAUAGCCAUCUUAAAGAAACUGGACCAUGUCAACAUUGUUAAGCUGAUAGAGGUCCUUGAUGAUCCUGCAGAGGACAACUUGUACAUGGUGUUUGACCUCCUGAGGAAAGGGCCUGUCAUGGAGGUACCCAGUGACCAGCCCUUCAGCGAGGAGCAGGCUCGGCUCUACUUCCGAGACAUCGUCUUGGGCAUUGAGUACUUGCACUACCAGAAGAUCAUUCACCGGGACAUCAAGCCUUCCAACUUACUCUUAGGAGAUGAUGGGCAUGUCAAAAUUGCUGAUUUUGGAGUCAGCAAUCAGUUUGAAGGGAAUGAUGCCCAGCUUUCCAGCACAGCAGGGACACCAGCCUUCAUGGCACCAGAGGCCAUUUCAGACACUGGCAAAAGUUUCAGUGGAAAGGCACUUGAUGUGUGGGCCAUGGGAAUCACCCUGUACUGCUUUGUUCAUGGGAAGUGCCCUUUUAUAGAUGAAUAUAUUCUGGGUCUUCAUAACAGGAUCAAGAACAAGCCUGUGGAGUUUCCAGAAGAAGGACAGAUAAGUGAAGAGCUCAAGGACCUGAUCCUACGCAUGCUUGAUAAAAAUCCAGAAACAAGGAUAACAGUCCCUGAAAUUAAGGUGCAUCCCUGGCUGACCAAGGCUGGGGAGGAGCCGCUGCCGCUGGAGGAGGAGCACUGCACUGUGGUGGAGGUGACAGAGGAGGAGGUGAAGAACUCAGUGAAGACCAUUCCCAGCUUGCCAGCUGUGAUCCUGGUGAAGGCCAUGCUGAGGAAACGCUCCUUCGGGAACCCCUUCGAGGUCCAGGCGAGGCGGGAGGAGAGAUCCAUGUCUGCUCCUGGGAACCUGCUCAUAAAACAAGGGAGCAGAGAAGGAGGCAGGGACCCAGAGCUUCCCGACGUGUGUGAAGAUGAAGCCACAUCCUGAAGCCCAGGCGGCUGUCGCAGGCUGGUCUCUCACGUGCUGCUGCUGGUGUACCCAUCAUGGUGUUGUCUACCACACAUCUGCCCUCAUCUCCAAGCCCGGGGCCUGCAAAGAGAAAAACCCAAACCCAAACAAAACUCACAGGUGGACCGAUCCAGACAAGCAGAAAGGAGGGACAGAGCAGCAACGAGGAGAAGAGCAAGUUCUGGGGCAGCGUGGUUGGCUCCUUCCUGCUGCCGGCGGCUCCUCUGGGUGUGCCUUGUGCUUCACGUGGGGGCUUUGUCCUUGGGUGUCUUGGCUGAUGAAUGUGGUUUGAUUUGUCACAGCAAACCAAACCUGAUCUCCCGGGUCAUUCACUCCAGAGACUGUUUCCUUGCCUUUCCUGCAUUCUCUAUUUCAAGCAUCAGGGAAAAAAAAAACAUGACACCAGAUCCUGUUGUUACAGGAGGGCAACUGUUGUGUUUAGUGCACGGGUAAAACACUUCUGCAUGCCAGGACACAGUCCUGCUCCUGUGGAGCUGGUGGAAGAAUUUCUGUUGAUGUCAGUGAAAUGAGGAUGAGAUCUUCCUUUUGGAGUGGACACUGUCAGUCUCUAUGCCUUUCUUCCUCUUUCUUUUUUUUUUUUUCCCCCCCCUUCUCUUCUUAUCCCUCAGUUUUCCACGGUGUAAAUCCUGCCAGCACCCCUGGCUUCAGACAGGGCAGUGUCAUCAAACAGGACUUCAUGAUACUCCCUUUGAAGACCCUAGAGGUUCUGGAAUGUUGGGAUAUUCUGUUACAUGGAAAGGUUUAGUGCACCAGGGAUGUCUGCUGACCCAGUGUGCUCUUCCCAAGGGUUGGAAUCACACUCCAUCAGCUGCACCCAUUCUUGUGUGCAUGGACAUUGUUCUCAAAGCUGAAAAGAAGUGGCAGGUUUUGGGUUUAUAUUAUUUUGGGGUCAUUUCCUUUCCCUCCCUCAUCUCUUAGCUCCUUGAAAGUUAGGUACCUGAUGCAUUUGAACUUUAAUUUCCUGAUAAAUGACCUGAACUGGGAGAGCUCCCUGGGAUGGACAAUGCUGGUGGAGGGUUUUUAGACUAAGGAAAGCUACAGAAUACAAAUGAGAUCAAAACUUGAUCUUUUGGGGUUUUUUAAGGCUUUAAUUUUAACGUUUAUUUUAAGACUGUAAUUUUUAUGCACGUGCUGAUGCUGCUAUUUUAUCCAUAGGUUGCUUCUAAACUUGGGAUUAGAAGCUUAAUCUCUACAGUUUGACAACAGGUGAGAGAUUUCACUAGAAAGGGCAAAUGCAGCUGUUUCCGUGGCUGCUGAUCAUAGGGACCAUGUGUGUCACCAGGAACUUCACUCUUGCACUCCGAGAGUGAAAAAGUGACUUCAAUCUAUCAAAACAUAUGUCAGUAUUCUCCCUUGAGCUGGAUGGGGUCUGAGCUUGCCCCCUGGGAAGCCAAUGGGGUUGGAUUCUUAUUCUAUAGUACCUAAAUAAAGGACACAAUUAGAUUUGGUUCCUACAUAAUCAUCUUACUGUCUUUUUUUAGGUCAACCCUGAGGGCUUGGGACUUUGUCCCCUAAUGUUUUGUGUGAGGGGGGAUGUAUAGGAGGACUGUUGGCAGUGCCUGGUGUGCUGGUGUUCCCACUGUUUCCUGUAGUCCAGUCUGGUGGUUCCCAAUGUUUUCCUAAUGGCUUUGCUGCUGGUGCCUUCUGCUCCCCAUCCUCAGCCAGUCCCUUCCCCUCACUCCUCCAGCUGCCUUGCUGGGAUGCCCAGAAGCAGUUGCCAGCCUGGGCUCUGCCCUGCACCUCACCUGUAAAUACUGGGAAACUGGGACACAGUCUUGCAGCUACUUUAUUUUAUCAAGAGACCUUUAGUCUUUAAGGCAGGCAAAGGAAUUCUGUCCUGUAAAGGUCACUGCUGUGGGCCUGUGUUUUGUGUUGCUCCAUCCAGCUGGUAAAUCCUGCCUGUGUCAGUGUGUUUGCUUGCACCAGUGGUGGGCUCAGCCUCUGAGGGGCAUCCCAUGGGCUGGUGGGCUUGGACCCUGCCUUGGGAUGGAGGUGAAAGCACCUGGUGAAAGGGAGUGAAUAUGGAGAUGGGACUUGGCGAGGCUGAGAGUGCUGGGGGUGUCUGCAAGUGCAGGAGGAGGGACUGGCCAGGGGGAUGGAUGCAAACUGGUGUGUGCUGGGGACCUGGGUUCCACCGUGUCCUGCUGUGCACAAGGGGCUGAGUGGAACAGCCCUGGGAAUGUGGUAGGAGCAAACUGUCCUCCAGUUUGUGGAAAAAUGGGCUCUCUCCUGGGUGGCCCAGGCCUGGCCAUGGCAGAGCUCUGCUGCACAGGGCCUCUCUCAGCUCACAGCCUUGGUACAGGCCCCUCUGCCAGCUGUGCCUGUGCAGGGGCUCUGCUCUGGGCAGUGGUUCCCAGUGAGGUAUCCAUGAGGAAUUCCCAGUGAGGUAUCCAUGAGUAAUCACAGCAUGGGCAGCCUUGUUGUAGCCAACACCAGGAGCUCCAACUUGUAAGAGAAGCUAAAUCACCUGCAGCAGGAGUGCCUGGCUGGGACUGUUGGGUGGUUUUCCAGUGCCUUGAGCAGGCUGCACAGCAGGACACUGGCUGUUCUGGGAGAUCCAGUGCCACACCAGCUGCUGUGUUUUCUUUUUAUCAUCUUUUCAAGGGUGGAUAAGUCAGGCCUGUCCUUUGCUGAUCUUCAGUGUGAGGGUGGUGAGACCCUGGCCCAGGUUGCCCAGAGAAGCUGUGGCUGCCCCAUCCCUGGCAGUGUUGAAGGGCAGGUUGGAUGGGGCUUGGAGCAACCUGGGCUGGUGGGAGGUGUCCCUGCCCAUGCAGGGGGGUUGGAACCUGAUGAUCUUUAAGGUCCCUUCCAACCCAAACCAGUCUAUGAUUCUAUGAUUCAUGGUGGCAUUAGUUACAUAUCUUGUUUGUGUCCUCUCUAGGGCCAACAUCUGCUUGUGCGUGUGAACAUUCUUCACGUUUUGCAUUUUGCAGGUUGCAGGGUAGAGAAAUCUUUGAGUUUUAAAGCUGAAAGUUCACCUGGAAACUUGUGCCAGGGAGCAGUGCAGGUUGGUUACUGGUGUGCAGGUUGGUUACUGGUUUGCAGGUGCAGCCACACCAUGAGGUGGCUGUGGGUCGAGCAGGUGGAACAUGUGGCAGGUUUAUGUAUCUUCUCCUUGUAUGUCCUCUGAGAUACACCACGGGGGGACACCUGUGAAAUCUCUGGCAAGCCCAGCACACUUCUGUCCCCUCCAGCAGGUCUUCCUCUCCCCUGCUGUGUGCCAGAAUUUGGGCUCCCUCCAGCUGUGGCCCUAGACAAAAAACAGCUUCCCCAUGGCCAACCCCACCAGUGGGGGAGGGCAGUGUAGCUGCUCCACACAGGACUAGUUGCAGGACGGUGAAACGACUCCCAGGAUGGGCUUUAAUUCCUUAUUUAUUGCCAGACUUGCUGGGAGGAGCUGGUGGGAGGAAUUUUAUGUUCCUUCAGCACAGCUCCAUACCCUGAAGCUGUGGCAGGGGCUGAAGGAGGUUUUUCCCCUCUGUUCCUGUGGUGUGUGGAAUGAGGAGCUCGUUCACUCUCUGUCUUGGUGCUUUAGUAUUGGUGUAUUUUUUUGUUCUGCUACAAAGAAGACUGUCCUUUGGGAAGGGGGAUCUCCCUUUGUGUAGGAUGGUGAUGGCAGGAAGGGCAGGCUCCUUCCUGCCCAGAAGGGAUCUCAGUAAAUACUAAAACAUUUUCAAAGGAGGGAUUGUGCUGCAGGGCAGGGCUCCUGCUGAGAGCAUGAGCAGGUCUGGUGUCCAGCAGGAAGGGUGUUUUUUUGUGGGGAUAUAGGACUUUGGGUACCAAACUUUUCCACUUCUCCAGGGCAUAUUUACAGUGGUGUUUGCUGAGCAGAGCAGCAAAGGGGAUUUCUUUUCUGGCCCAGAGCCUCCUACAGAAGCCCAUGCUCUGAUCAGGUCCUUUCCAACCUGAAUUAACCUGGAUUAUCCCUGUUAUUCUGAACGCAGCUCCCCCAGGAGCAGGGAAGGAAAGGAGCUCAAAGGCUCGUUGCUGCCUUUCACCUUCUCUUCCUGAAGAAAAGCCAUUUUUGCUCAGAGUUGCUGCUAGGAGGACCCUCAGGCCCUCAGUCAGUAACCACAAGCCAUCAGUCAAAGCGUUCCCAAAAAAUGGUGUAAAUUCAAGAAAAAAAAUACAUUGUGACUUUUGAGGAUAUCGUUCGGAUCCUCUGCUGUAAUUUUGCUGCUGUUUCUGGUUUAUAGGCCUGUUCUGUUCUUAUUGAAGUAUCUUGGUAUACUUGAUGUUAACUCUAAGACUCUGUAUGUACUCUGCUAUGACUCAAGCAUGAUGUAUAUGCACUCAGUACUGUGAUGGCCCGUGGCCGUUACCUGUAAAUAUGUACCAUGAAUAGAGAGGCUAUUUUUUGCAUGCUUUUGUACUCUAGAACCCAAGAGAAAACGGCAAUAAAGUCCACAGACGUGA